AUGACCUUUAAUACAUCGGAUUCCCUUGAACAUGCUCACACUCAGCCGGAUACUGACCUCGGUGACAAGUUGAUGGUAAAAUACAAGCGCGACGCCAAUCCCCAAGAUCUUGAUGAAGCGAUAGCAGCGUACCGGCGCAUACUUGAGCUCAUACCCGACGAGGACUACUCGUCUAAACUUGUACAGCUCAACAGUCUUGGGGUGGCCCUGUACACUCGCUUCGAACGCUCUGGUGAUCCUGAUGACCUCGACAGCGUCAUCUCGGCGGGGUACAAAUCUGUCGAGCUAUCACCUAAGGGCCACGAGAACGAGCACUUGCAAUCAGGCAAUCUAGGUUCGACCCUAUGGGUACGCUUCAGACGCUUUGGCAACACUGCCGACUUAGAAAGCGCACUCAUUGCGAAGCGUCGAGCUGUGGAUCUCACUCCCGACGGCCACCCUGCCAAAACACGUUGGCUGACGAACCUCGGAACCUCUUUACACGACCGCUUCAAUCGCUUUGGAGAGGCUAAAGAUAUCGAGGAGGCUAUUGCAGUCCAACGCCGUGUAAUCGAGCUUACGCCCGAUGAUAGCGCAAACAUGCCAGAUAGCUUUAUAUCCCUCGGCCUCUUCUCCCAGAGUCGCUUCAAGCGCUACGGUGACACCGCCGAUCUCGAGACUGCAGCGGUAUCUAUGCGCCGCGCCGUCGAACUUGCACCUGAGGGCCAUCAUGAUAAAGCGCGACUCCUGGGCCACCUCGGUGCCAUUCUAUGGUCUCGAUUCGAACGCUUCGGCGAUCGUGCAGAUAUCGAAGAAGCCAUCGAGGCCAAGCGUCGUGCGGUAGAUCUGACUCCUGAUGGAGGAUCGAACAAGCCGCGAUGGCUCACCAACCUCGGAACCUCCUUGCUCUCUCGUUUCGAGCACUAUGACGACGUAGCCGACCUCGAGAGUGCGCUUCGCGUGCAGCGACGAGCAGUCGAACUGACCCCUCAUGAUCACCCAGACUUGUCGUUCAGACUCGCCAAUCUCGGGGUCGCCUACCGAAGUCGCUUUGUGCGCUUUGGCGACAGCGCCGAUCUCGACCUCGCUCUGGAGGCGGAGCGCCGUGCAGUUGAUCUGACGCCCGAUGGCCACCCGAAUAAACCUCACUGGCUGACGAACCUCGGCGUUCUGUUCCAUGAACGCUACAAGCUGCGCAAAGACGUUGCAGAUCUGCAGAGUGCUCUAGAUGCGAAGCAUCGCGCCGUAGAGCUGACACCCGAGCAACAUACGCUCAUGCCGAUGCGUUUAUCUAAUCUCGGAGUGUCGCUGAUUGAUCGCUUUUUGAUCGCGGGCGACCCAGCCGAUAUCGAGAACUGUGUCGGGGUAAUGCGCCGAGCGGUACAGCUCACAUCUGAUGGCCAUCCAUCCAAAUCACGAUGGCUGGGAACAUUGGCUUCGGCAUUGUGUCUCCGCUUUGAGCACCUCGGACGUGCGGCUGAUCUAGACGAUGCUAUUGCAACUGGGCGCCGCGCAGUCGAGCUCAUCCAAGAAGGCAAUCCUGGGCUGCCUCGCGAGCUGAAACAGCUGGGCGAGAUUCUAUACGCUCACUUCAAACGAGAAAGGAGCCAGCAGAACUUCACAACGGCAAUCGAUUGCCUCAUGAGAGCAUCUAAAGACCGGCUGGGCGCGCUGUACGACCGCUUUCGGGCCACGGAGUUCGUCAUCAUGCUACUUACUCGUCAUCCUGAACUCAGCACCCCCGAGGUCACAUUACAGGCGCAUGCUCGUAUGGUCGAUGUGCUACCCGAGAUCGUGUGGCUGGGACACGACAUGCAACGACGUUUUCAAGAGUCUGCUCGUGCGGGCCGGUUGAUAUACGCGGCCGUGUCUGCUGCCAUCGAAGCCGGGGCUCUGCGUCAAGCUGUAGAAUGGAUGGAGGCCGGGAGAUCACUGGUGUGGUCGCAGGUCAUUGCAAUACGCUCGCCUGUCGAAGAGCUUCAAGAGCGCCAACCGGAUCUCGCGCAGGCCUUCCACGCCGUUCAACUUGACAUCCAGAGAGCUGAGCGCGAUGAUGCGUCGCUCCAUCUGCAGGGCUCUUCUGACACCCUCAAGGACACCGCCGGAAGUGAUAUGCUGAACCGCCAUCGUCAGCUUGUGGUCAAGUAUGAGCGCCUUUUGGAUGAGAUUCGGCGUUGUCCUGGGUUCGAGGCGUUUCUACGUCCACCGCGCUUUCAAGAUCUUACAGCCGCACUAGGACCAAAUCAGGGGCCCAUCGUGUAUCUGAAUACAACUUCCACUCGCGGAGACGCUUUGAUCGUCGAUGGAGGCUCUGUAGAAAGAGUUGCUCUCCCUGGCUUGAAUGAAGAGCGCGCCACGGAGUUGCGCAAGCGAUGGUGGGGUUGCCUUCAGGAGAGCGAUGUGCGCGUGCGAGGGAUGGCACCCAAGGGGCGCAUACAACGCGGUACAAAGGCGAUACUGCAACUUGUACUCAAGCGGCUGUGGACGUGGAUCGUACACCCUGUUCUACAAAGACUGUUUUUUCUCAACGAGGCACGCCGUGCUGAUCUUCCGCAUAUCACAUGGUGCCCUACAGGAUCGUUGAUGCAGUUGCCGCUACAUGCUGCAGGUAUAUACAGCUUUAGCACUUCAUCCGGGCUGCGAGAGUCUCAUGCCUUCGACUUCGUCGUCUCCUCAUAUACCCCUUCUCUGACGGCUCUCGCGCGCUGCCUUCGGAAGUCGGACGAGGCACACCAUUCAGCACCAAAGCUGCUCGUUGUAACCCAACCCGAAACGCCGAAGCAAGCGCCUCUUCCCCACACGCUAGAUGAGGCGACCAAGCUUCGUGCACUCCUACCAAAAGAGCAGAGGACCUUCCUGAACCACGACCAGGCGACGCUAUCUUCAGUCCUCCCUGCCAUCAGUCAGCACGCAUGGGUACAUCUCGCAUGCCACGGCUCCCAAAACGCAAAAGACCCGACACUCAGCGCUUUCGAGCUGUAUGAUGGACCGCUCACCCUCGGCGCUCUGAUGAGCACCGCAUCCGAUGAUGCGGAGCUCGCCUUCCUAUCCGCUUGUCAGACAGCGACGGGGAACGAGAGGAUACCGGAGGAGUCGAUGCAUCUUGCAGCUGGCAUGCUCGCGGUCGGAAUGAAGGGCGUCAUCGCGACGAUGUGGUCCAUCAAGGAUGAGGAUGCACCGGUCGUUGUCGAGACGUACUAUAGGAAGCUGAUCGAGCUGCGCGACUCUGGUUCAUAUGGAAGAGUGAGUACGGGAGCCGCAUAUGCAUUACACGAGGCGACGAAGCGUCUGAGGGAGGAAGUCGGAGAUAAUGCCUUCGAAAGAUGGGUGCCAUUUGUUCACUUUGGUGCUUGA